AUGGCGAUGAUGAUGGCGAGCCUCGCGCGAAACCCGAACAACUUUCGUUACGCCACGUGCACCUUCAAUGACACGUGGACCUCCGUCAAGGGCCGCGUGGACUUCAGACAGUUUCUGAUUGGCGAGGGGCGGCAGCAGGUUCAGGUGCGCGUUCAGCUGGCGGGACUUCCGGUCUCGAGCCUUGAGGCAGAGCGAGGCAUCCACGUGCACGAGUUCGGAGACAGCGGCGACCGCUGCUCCCGCGUGGGGCCUCACUUCAACCCCGACCAGACACCACACGGCUCACAGAGGAACUUCGCAUACCUCCGUCACGCGGGUGACCUUGGGAACAUCCGGCAGUCAACGGACGGCCUCGUCUCCACACAGUUCGUGGAUCAGGUCAUAUCGCUAGAUGGCGCCAAUGAUAUUGUCGGCAGGGCUUUCGUGAUCAAGGUUGAGCGUGACGACGAGGGUCAGGGCGACACACGUGAUAGUCGAGUGAAUGGGAACACGCGCACUCCGAUUGCAUGCUGCGUGGUCGGCCGCACCACCGCCGCCAACUGGUACAACCCACUCACCGCUAACGACAUACAAAACAUGGCGGCGACCGGCCUCAUGCCAGAAAACACCGUGGAUCCGUUUGCGGCUGGCAGACAACCAGGAUCCAACAACCAGUUUCAGCAGGGAGCCGGUGGCAGACCCCAGGGCCCAGGUCAGCCUGGCAUGCCUGGUCAGCCGGGAAUGGGCGGACCAUUCGGCGGUUCUGGUCAGCCAGGGAUGAGCGGUCCGUUUGGCGGUGGUCAGUUUGGUGGUACUGGCCCUGUAUUACCAGGGGGUCAGUUUGGACCACGGCCGUUGGGUGGAACUGGUACGUUCGGGCCUGGUGCAGGGCCUUUCAGUGGACAGACAGCUGGUUUUGGACAACCUGGCAGCGGUGGCUUCAGAGGAUUCGGCAGCCAAGGCUUUCCAACAGGUCAACAGAUGCCUGGGUUUGGCGGACCAGGAGCUGCAGGCGGCGUCACUGGGUUUGGACAGCCAGGGAUUGGAGGCCAGCCAGCUGGUGGCGCCGGCACUCCAGGCUUCAGUGGUCAGGGCUUUGGUGGCCAGGGCCCCAACGGUGGCUUUGGUCCUCAACAGGGUGGUGGAAUUCAAGGAUUUAAAGGUCAACCAGGGUUUGGAGCUACCGGUGGUAUGACCCAGUCUGGCUUUGGACAAGGCGGGAUGACCCAAGGUGGGUUUGGACAAGGAGGUAGUUCUCAGUCUGGCUUUGGACAAGGAGGAAGUUCUCAGCCUGGCUUUGGGCAAGGAGGUACUUCUCAGCCAGGGAUGGCCCAGCCGGGGAGUGGCUUUGGACAGGGUGGGAUGACCCAGCAAGGCUUUGGAGGAUCAGGUGGACUGACACAAUCUGGUUUCGGUUCUGGUGGGUUGACAGGUUUUGGAGAGGGGACCGGAAGUCAGGGAGGGCUGACCCAGCAAGGUGCAGGAGGGGCGCAACAGGGGGCUGGUAGCUCUCAAUUUGGCACUGGAACAUUUACCCCUGGGGGAACACAGGGACAGAAUUUCAAUUUCAAUCAACAGGGAAAAUAGUACUUCUGUAACUAUAUCCUCCUGCAAUGUUGAUUGCGCGGUGAUUGUGAUUUAGAAUUUAGUUGACUUUGCAUUUUUGCUAUCUGAAAUAACUAUUUAAUAACUAGCAUAAUUUAAUAUACAUGUUUGUGAGUGACUUUGAUAUGGUAUUAUUUGUAUG